CCUAUUCUUUAAUUGUUUUCCACAUUCCAGUUCGCAAAUAUCGUCUGCGUAUUGGAAUACGAAACAUUUGGACUCGUGACAAGAAAGAUGACAGUCUAACAGAGCAAUUUGAUAUAUGGCUUCCUGGUUUUUCCGCGGUUGCUGUUACAUAAGUCCAUUGUACAUUAAUAAAGAAAGCGAGAGUACCUAAAGUUGAAAACAAGGAAACAAUUAUGAUGAAGAAGUCUUACCAUAUUUUAUUUUCGCCACGCACAAGGAAAGGAGGAGUGGGAACUAAAUCCCGCUCCACUCUUCCCUCAAGAGGCCAAAAAAGGAAUUUAUCCUUGACGUAUCAAAGUGCUAUCAGGUAGAAAGAUAACGAAAGAACAAGAAAUAUCAACCAGCCGAUACUGGGAACUAAUUGUACUACAAGGAAUGGGUACAGACGUGGUGGAUUGUCGAUAAGCAAAGCUUAAGAGUAAAAGGAUCAAGCUGUAAAUAAGCUCAGACGACUGAUUCUUCACAGUAGCGUGACCGGCAUUCACAGGAAAAUGUGUAGCAUUCUCUACUUGAGAACAAGUGAUAAAACAUCUUUGGCAUAUGAACCACUCUUUGGAAUUGGAAUCUAUCACAUUUCGCUCUGAUGACUCAAUUUGACCCAAGUGGAAAGUGUCAAGGAUAGAAGCUUAUUCUGUCUGAAACAACGAGCUGCGCAGACAACAACAUGUUCCAGAAGUGAGUGAAACAAAUCACAUUUUGAGUUGGGGUUGAUAACUCCAGGGAAGGUACGAACCAGGCAUCAUCCUUGUGAGUAUCAGAGAGAGGAUCAUAUCUUAAAUUGUUUAUCACCUGUUAAUCAACAACCGCAAGGCAAAAUACAAAUGAAUCCAUCAUGAUCAGAUUCUUUAUGGGAAUAAUGAACCCAUUAAAAUUUGCUUCGCUCCCAGCAUGUAGUUUUGUUGGCCAGCUGGUAAUGGCGCCCAAGUGUUAUCUGGAACUGAGACAGAGGUUGGAAACCCGUUGAAGAAUUUUCAGUUUCAGGGUUCUUUAUUAAAUCUUCUUAACCGGCUGCGGCUUACUGCGUGGGUAAUGUCUUCACGUGAUUAUAUAUAAAAAAAAAAACCUUUCAGGAAGCAGCAUUGAAUAACAAAGUCAGAUCAUUCAGUCAACUCCACUUUUUCUUUUCAUUCUGCUGUUCCCCUCACACUCUUGUCUUCGAGGUUCCUUCUCCUUCCAUAAAAUGGCAACUGGCUACGUUGUGCCAUUAUGGUGUAGUUUAGUCAUUCGGCCUUAUCGUUUGACAAAGACCGCGACUAGUACAAUCGAAACUGCGAAAUGGAAUAUGAAUAGGAACCUUUAAUUCAGCAGUUUAGACGUCAACACCAAGGAAAAGGGCAAUUAAAAAUGAAUUUAGAAGUUAGAAUUUCGCAAAUGGCUGGAUGUGUUUACCGCCUUUUAAAGCGUUACACCUUAGUUUUACCAGUACGUCAACAGCGUUGAGUUCCCAAAGGGAUCCUAGAUAAUUUGCCGCCAGGGUUUCAGUUAUCAGACCACGCAACUCUAAUGAUUUCACGCUUUUGUUUUGCAUAUGAGUUUUACGACGCACAAGCUGAGCCAUUGUUCUUCCCAUUACUGAGUCCUUUGUUUUGCCACGUCCUCGUUGCCGCCGCCGCCGUCGCGGUCUGAUGAGGUCUUAUGGCUCUGAAUCGUGAGAGUAUGACGAGCAGGUCAUGAUGGCGCUAAGACUAAUUGAACAACAGAUAAAAAGAGAAAGCACCUUUCUUGAGCGAACAGCGACAAAAUCAUGAUGGCUCUCGAAGUAAAUGUUUCAUCGGAUACUUUGGACGAUGGAGGUUUCCACCACAGCACAACUUCUCCUCAAGAAAAUUGUGAAAGUCUCGGAGUUACCACGAGUCCAAUACAAGUAACAAUGGUUUUAAUACAUGUUUUUACGUUGUUAAUUGCUCUAACCGGGAACAUUCUUCUUAUAGUUGCGUUCACGAGAAUGAAAGAAAAGAUCACUAUCUUUAUUGCUAAGAUGGCUGCCUCUGACCUACUUGUCGGAGUUUUUCUGAUUCCUCGCUCAAUAACAAGAGAAAUCACCAGAUCCAACGCCUACCUUGUUCACGGAUUAGGAGGACUAAUUCUCUGUAAAAUUUCCACUUUUUUGAGUGACGUGUCCUUGUCAGUAUCAACACAGAACUUGAUAUUGAUCUCCGGGGAACGCUUCUUGGCUGUAGUGUAUCCUUUCUUGUACAAGAAAAUCACAAUGAGAACACGCUAUGUGCUUAUUGUUUCCACGUGGAUUCUGGCUAUGGCGUUACAUUCGCCAUAUUUCUACACUUUUCGACUGAUUACACGUGAAAAACCCAAUGGCACAGAAACCGUUUUUUGUUGGCAAAGCUGGGAACCCGCCUUCAGCAACGGAUCAGCUCAACUACAAUAUAACAUCUUUUUAUACGUGACAGUUCUGUUUGUACCCCUCUUUGCGGUGUCAACGUUGUACCUCACGACGGUGGUCAAGCUUCGGAGAAUUGACAAAAUGGUGACCGGUCUGUCUGAGAAAAGAGCUCGCAGAAAAUUUGAUCGUAACAAGAGUUUAAAUAAGAUGGUCACAGCUACUCUUACAGCAUUUUUGACAUGUUGGACGCUUUCUGCUGUCCUUAAUUUUCUGCGACUUUUUUCACCUGAGUCAGUUCCUAAAUGUAGCGAAACGUUUGAAAUAAUUGAAUAUAUAUCUCGGGUUUUAGCAAGCUCUUACUGCGCCGUUAAUCCUUGUAUUUGUUUUAUGUUCCUCAAAGUCUUUUCUCGCGAGUUAAGCAUAAUGUGCAAGCGGAACCAUCAGCGCGAUACAAACGAGAGGGAAUUGCGACGAUAUAGAAAAAGGCUGUCCACGAGUACUUUUAGAAGCAGUACUAAUAUAUCGCAAUAAUUUGCAUGGGCCACCUUGCGGCUUGCUGAGAACCAUACCACUUUAGAUGUUAAUAUCCUCUUUGUAUUAGUAAAGCGAUGGAAUAAGUUUUCCGGGUUUUACAACGUGAUGUUCGGAAAUCACGAGGGUCAUUGUCUAUUAACUCGGUUGUGUUCUUGGGCAAGACACUUGAUACGCUCAACUAUUAACGUAAGCCUCCUGUUAUCAAAUUAUAUCACGGAUUAACACGUAAAAACCUAGAUUAAGCUUAAAUGUUUGCAUCAGAGCAACUGAUCGGGCUGAGGAAGCCACAUCGAGCCUCCUCCAUUCAAUCUUCUUUUUCUUCCUUUCAAUCAGUUACUCCACGGUUUGCGUGCAAAAUCACAUUCAAAACAUGAUACACGUUCACCCAAGUCACGUGAAGCGAUGUCAGGUAGUCCGGUCAUAGACAAUUUUGUCUGGACCAUGACGUCAUGAAACAUGGCAUCACUGUUCAGUGUUUUAAAACUUAGGCCAACCCCAACAUUUUAGGCCCGCAUUUGUGUCUCUGAUAUCUAUGGCCUUUGGGAUCCAGUUCAUUUGAUAAAGCACAGAAAAAGCUCCGCGUCAAUAGCAGAUUGAGUGGCAUUGGUUGAAAUGUGUGGUAGAAAUCACAAUUUUACAGUCCGACUGCGGUGACUUUGCGGCGGUUGAGGACACAGACUGACUAUCAUGUAAAUUUUUAAAUGUGUACGACUUGUUUUUGGAAGAAAGAAAAACAUUACGAUGAACCGCGAUAUAUGUGCUUCACUUUUAUCGAAAAGGAAGUCGAGUGCGCGUUUGUUUAGACCGAAUGCACGGUUGUGACUUGUUGCCAUAAGCCGUCAUAGCGUCAUAGCUUCUGCCAGCUUUCGAUUUUUUCAGUGUUCCGAAGGAUCCUUUUGUUUUUCAUUUCAGCUCAUGGAUGAUCAUAUCUCCUACUUAACUUUGUGACAUAGAGCUGUCAAGAAGGAAAGUCUGAGAGAAGCUUAUUCAAAAAUAAGCCAGGCUCCUUUUUUACUUUUCACCUUUUUCACCAAUUUAUCUUUCUCCAUUCACGUUCUAGUUUUAAACGCAGGUAGAUGGCAAAGAUCUGCACGUGCAACCGAAAUCCGGUAGUCAUUAAUGUUGACAUCUUAUAAUUGCCAUUUACACUUUGGCGAGCUAAAGAACUCAGAUCGAAAAUACGUUUUUGUAAAUAAUUCGUGCAUGUUUCAAUAUUGCUCCUAAAUCAGAAGCUGUAGUUAAAAUAACAAUGCUUAGUUAGACAAGAAAAAAAAUUAAAAAUACUCCUCAAAGGUC